GAUGUGUUUCAUGCUGUUUGGAAAAAUCAAAUAGAAGUUACUAUUUUCCUUGCGUAGAAACGCUGUACUCGGGCAUUCAAGUUGUUCUUCCUAGGCAUAUUCAGGGCCCGAAAUCUUUGAAGGUUAAAAAUGAAGUUCUACUCUCCUCUCUGUAGCUUCGCUUCGACUAGGACUACUUUGGCAUUAGCCGUCAACAGAAAGUGAAUUGACUAGAAAAUGAAUUGACAAUCAUUGAGAGCGAGUAUGAUUGAUGAACUAUUUUAGUCAAUACUUAUUCUAAUUGACGUGACUAAUCCACAUUUUUACUUCCCCCUGUCACGAAUCUCUACCCGCGUACACAAUCUAAUUUUUACGUCCAUUGUAGCGUACGAUUACGAGUUUGAGUCACUGUAUGUCAAAAUAUGGCUUAUUAAAUUGGAGGUGAGAAUUAUUUUGAUUUUGUACGACAUAAUUACAAUGAGAUGUGAGAACAUUUUUCCAUUCCGUGUGAAAACAUAUAAAAAAACUGCCAUCCCUAGUCGCAAACUGAAAAAAGACUUUUUAACUCAAUUCAAUUUCACCACAAGGGUUUCACAGCAUCGGACGUAAACAAAAUUCAGUUCUGUCAAUUUAGGAGGCGUACAAGGAAGAGAACAACAAAAAACUACAACUUCAACGCUAAAUUCGGCAUUUUUUGUGUGUCUGGCUCAAUUAAUGAUUUCAUUCGUAUGGUGAGGCUUGUUUUCGAAAAUGUUUUCCAUCUGCAAGCAAAAGCACGAAGCAACGGCCGUGGAGUUUUCCCUGACGUGCCAUUUUUUCAACAACAACGAGAAAUCGCUUGUUACCGGCGGGGCAAAUGUUCUUAAGGUUUACCGGUUGAUCCCGGAUGAUGAUCCGGCGAAUAGAGAGAAGUACAGCGCAACGCGUCCUCCAAACAUGAAGCUAGAAUGUAUGGCCUCGUACACUCUGUUCGGGAAUAUAAUGUCCAUGCAGUCGGUGUCUCUUGCCGGAUCGCAGCGGGAUGCUUUGCUGAUCAGUUUCCAGGAUGCCAAACUGUCGGUGGUUCAGUUUGAUCCGGACAACUUCGAACUGAAGACGCUGUCUCUGCAUUACUUUGAGGAAGAGGACAUCAAAGGUGGCUGGACGGGUCAUUAUCACACACCCCUCGUACGGGUGGACCCGGACAAUCGCUGCGCCGUGAUGUUGGUGUACGGCCGGAAGCUGGUUGUGCUUCCGUUCCGGAAGGAUAGUUCGCUGGAUGAGAUAGAGGUGCAGGAUGUUAAGCCGAUGAAGAAGGCUCCGGUGCGGCUGAUUGCGAGGACACCGAUAUUGGCGUCGUAUGUGAUUGAGUUGAAGGAAUCGGAGGAAAGGAUUGACAAUGUGAUUGAUAUUCAAUUCUUGCAUGGGUAUUAUGAGCCUACGCUGCUGAUUUUGUACGAACCCGUGAAGACGUUUCCAGGUCGAAUUGCGGUUCGAUCCGACACCUGUAUGAUGGUGGCUUUGUCACUCAACAUUCAGCAAAGGGUGCACCCGGUUAUAUGGACCGUGAAUAGUUUGCCCUUUGAUUGCUUGCAAGCGAUUGCCAUUAGUAAACCAAUUGGAGGUUGUUUGAUACUCAGCGUAAACGCGUUGAUUUAUCUUAACCAGAGUGUUCCGCCAUAUGGCGUGAGUUUGAACAGCAUCGCGGAUCACUGUACCAAUUUCCCACUAAAACCACAAGAUGGGGUUCGAAUCAGCUUGGAAGCGGCUCAGGUGUGUUUCAUCGAACCGGAGAAAUUGGUGCUUUCCCUCAAAGGUGGUGAGUUGUACGUGUUGACGUUGUGUGCCGAUUCCAUGCGUAGCGUGCGCAGUUUCCACUUCAGUAAGGCUGCCGCCAGUGUUCUCACAAGCUGUAUCUGUGUCGUUGAGGAAGAAUAUCUUUUCCUUGGUUCUCGCUUGGGUAACUCGCUGCUGCUCAGAUUCAAGGAGAAGGAUGAAAGCAUGGUGAUCACCAUCGAGGACAACGAACCGAAGGAAAGGUUGGAACCCAAGCGUAUGCGGUUGGAGGAAGAGGAACUGGAAGUGUAUGGAACUGGACAGAAGACAUCCGUGCAGUUGACUAGUUACAUAUUUGAAGUGUGUGACACCAUUGUGAACAUUGGUCCGAUCGCUCACAUGGCUCUGGGGGAGCGUGCUGCGGAGGAAGAACAGGACGAGAACAAUGAUGUCCAAUUUGUUUCCAAUAAGUUGGAGUUGGAGAUAGUGACGAGUAGCGGACAUGGGAAGAAUGGGGCGCUGUGUGUUCUGCAGAAUUCCGUCAAACCUCAGGUUAUAACGAGUUUUGGUCUGUCGGGUUGUUUGGAUGUGUGGACGGUGCUUGGAGCCGACAGUAAUGACGCUCACGCCUUUAUGAUCCUCUCUCAGGAAGCAGGAACGAUGAUUCUUCAAACGGGGGACGAAAUCAACGAGAUUGAUAACACUGGAUUUGCGACGAAUGUUCCAACCAUUUACGUUGGCAAUAUAGGAGGGAACCGUUUUAUUGUGCAGGUUACGACAAAGUCAAUUCGACUGCUGCAGGGUGCGCGGCUACUGCAAAAUAUUCCAAUCGAUCUGGGAUGUCCACUGGCGGCGGUUUCCAUCGCUGAUCCGUACAUUUGUGUGAGAUCCUCCGAGGGGCGGGUGAUAACUUUGGCCUUGCGUGAAGGCAAAGGAACCCCCCGCUUGGCGGUUAACAAAAAUACGAUCAGUACGACACCUCCGGUUGUGGCAAUCAGCGUGUAUAAAGAUGUGUCAGGAAUAUUUACGACGAAAUAUGAAGACUUCUACGAUAUAUCAAAGGGAGGACCUUCAUCGUAUUCCAGCGGAUUCGGGUACAUGAAACCGGAGCCGAAUAUGAAAAUUGAGGACGAAGAGGAUCUGCUGUAUGGAGAAAGUGGUCGUUCGUUUAAGGUAAAUUCGAUGGUCGAUAUGGCCAUCGAAACAAAGAAAAAGAAUCCCGAUUUUUGGCGGAAGUUUAUGCAGCCUGUAAAACCAACCUACUGGCUGUUCGCUGCAAGGGACAAUGGCAAUUUGGAAAUUUAUUCGAUGCCCGAUUUGAAGCUGGUCUAUCUCAUAACAAACAUCGGAAACGGAAGUAAGGUUCUCUCGGAUUCUAUGGAGUUUGUUCCACUCCACGCUGGUCAGUCGGGAGGCGAUGUGGAGGUAACUUCGGGCAGUUUUGCCACUCCUUUUGGGUUCAACGCUAAUUUGCUUCCGAAGGAAAUUCUUGUGGUAGCGUUGGGUCACUAUGGAUCCAGGCCGUUACUGCUCGUUCGAUUGGAGAACGAUCUUCUCGUUUAUCGCGUUUACCGCUACUCAAAGGGUCACUUGAAGCUACGCUUCAAAAGACUAGUCACCGGUAUCAACGGUCCAGUGUUUAGGUUACCCCGUCAGAAUGUUCAAACGGAUCAGGAAGGCGAAAAGCCAGACGAACAGGCGACAAAAAUUCUGUACGAGAACGUCUCUAUGAUCCGCUACUUCAAUAACAUUUCCGGCUUUAAUGGGGUGGCUGUUUGUGGCGAAAAACCAUACAUUCUUUUGCUUACCUCGCGAGGAGAACUGCGAACUCAUCGGUUCUACGGGAAGACCAUUUUGAAGGCAUUUGCCCCCUUCAACAACAUAAACUGUCCGAAUGGGUUCCUCUAUUUCGACGAACAGUAUGAGCUCAAUAUUGCCGUUCUACCGGGUUAUCUCUCGUACGAUUGUAUUUGGCCCUCGCGAAAAAUCCCUCUGCGAAGCUCACCCAAACAAAUUGUUUUCCACAAGGAAAACAAAGUUUAUUGCGUCGUGAUGGACACGGAGGAGUACUGUAACAAAUACUAUCGCUUCAAUGGGGAGGACAAAGAACUAACGGAAGAAAACAAAGGCGAGCGGUUCCUGUACCCGAUGGGUCAUAAGUUUACGGUGGUUCUGGUAACGCCUACAGCGUGGGAAAUCGUCCCAGAAACAUCAAUCAACCUGGAAGAGUGGGAACAUGUGAUCGCGUUGAAGAAUGUUAGUCUAUCGUAUGAGGGAGCGCGCUCCGGUUUGAAGGAAUACAUUGCGGUUGGGACGAACUUCAACUACAGCGAGGAUAUUACCUCCCGAGGAAGACUGCUGCUCUACGAUAUAAUUGAAGUCGUCCCGGAGCCGGGGAAACCGUUAACAAAGUACAAAUUCAAGGAGAUCAUCAUAAAAGAGCAGAAGGGACCCGUUUCUGCCAUAACACACGUAUCGGGCUUUCUGGUGGGGUCGGUAGGUCAGAAGGUGUAUUUGUGGCAGCUUAAGGAUGGCGAUCUGGUAGGAGUGGCCUUCAUCGACACAAACAUCUUUGUCCACCAGCUAGUGUCAAUCAAAUCGCUGAUUCUGGUGGCCGACGUAUACAAAUCAAUCAGUUUGCUGCGCUUCCAGGAAGAGUUCCGCACGUUGUCGCUCGUUUCCCGAGACUACCAGCCCCUGAACGUAUUCCAAAUCGAGUACGCCGUGGACAAUGCCAACCUCGGCUUUCUGGUCACGGAUGAACAGUGCAACAUCAUUACCUACAUGUACCAACCCGAGUCGCGUGAAUCGUUCGGUGGCCAGCGUCUCCUGCGCAAAUGUGACUACCACCUAGGUCAACGAGUCAACACCAUGUUCCGGGUGCAGUGUGAUUUCCACGAGAGCGACUCGUCGAAGCGGAAUCUUAACUACGAGCUCAAACACACCACGUACUUCGCAACGCUCGACGGUGGCGUUGGCUAUGUGCUUCCGCUGCCCGAGAAAACCUAUCGGCGGUUAUUUAUGUUGCAGAAUGUACUGAUGACUCAUAGUCCGCACUUGUGCGGGUUGAAUCCUAAAGCCUUCCGAACGUUGAAAACCGUUCGCAAGCUACCGAUCAAUCCUACCCGAUGCGUUGUCGAUGGAGAUCUGAUCUGGUCCUUCCUGAGUCUCCCGACGAAUGAAAAAUUAGAAGUUGCUAAAAAGAUUGGCACACGAAUGGAUGAAAUCUGUUCGGAUCUGAUGGAAAUCGAGAAUGUAACGCAUGCGUUCUAAAAAUACUAGUAUUAAUAUCUAUUGUACAAUGUUCCGAAAAAAAAUGUAUGUACUCAAAACUAUAAAAAUCU